AUACGAUGCUUAGCGGGAAGAACUAACCAAUUGAUGAACCAAAGGGGCGGGCCUAAAAGCGGAUUAUAUUCAGGAUUUCCAGAGCCUUCACUCCAGGCGCGACCUUGGAUUCUCUGCGUCUGACGUCGUAAUCGGAAACAUUAAAAUAUGUCUAAAGAGGCCCCCUGUGAGCCAGAACAGCUCCGGAAGCUGUUCAUUGGAGGGCUAAGCUUUGAAACGACGGACGAGAGUCUGCGAGCCCAUUUCGAGCAAUGGGGUGUACUUACAGAUUGCGUGGUAAUGAGGGACCCCAACACAAAGAGGUCGAGGGGGUUCGGCUUUGUCACGUACUCUUCGGUCAACGAGGUGGACGCGGCCAUGGAGGCCCGCCCACACAAGGUGGACGGCAGGGUGGUGGAGCCGAAGAGGGCGGUGUCCAGAGAGGAUUCAUGUAGGCCGGGUGCUCACAUGACGGUAAAAAAGAUUUUCGUUGGGGGGAUCAAAGAAGACACCGAAGAACACCACCUGCGCGACUACUUUGAUCAGUUUGGAAAGAUUGAAGUGAUCGAGAUCAUGACAGACCGAGCCAGUGGCAAGAAGAGGGGCUUUGCCUUUGUCACGUUUGACGAUCACGAUUCAGUGGACAGGAUUGUCAUCCAGAAGUACCACACCGUGAACGGCCAUAACUGUGAAGUCAGGAAAGCGCUUUCGAAGCAGGAGAUGACCAGCGCAGGGAUGAACAUGAGGGGACGAGGUGGUGGAGGAGCUGGGAACUUCGGCAGAGGAGGUGGAUAUGGAGGUGGCUUUGGAGGAAGAGGAGGUGGAGGCUAUGGUGGUGGAGAUGGAUAUAAUGGAUUUGGUGGCGAUGGUGGUUACGGUGGAGGCCCUGGCUACGGUGGUAACCGUGGAUACGGUGGUGGACAAGGAUAUGGCAACCAGGGUGGUGGUUAUGGAGGAAAUGGAGGGUACGACAAUUACAAUGGCGGCGGCGGCGGUGGUGGCGGCGGAAACUUUGGAGGUGGAAACUUUGGGGGUGGUGGAAACUACAACGACUUUGGCAACUACAACUCCCAGUCAUCUUCCAGCUAUGGCCCGAUGAAGGGAGGCAACUUCGGUGGUGGUGGUGGUGGCGGCGGCGGCGGCAGGAACAGCGGGGGCCCAUAUGGCGGUGGGUACGGUGGCGGCUCCAGCGGUGGGGGCUACGGCGGUGGUUCUGGAGGUCGGCGGUUUUAGCUGAACAAAAGGACUCAGUACUUAGGAGAGGAGAGCAAGAGAGGUGACAGGGAAACGACAGGCUUACAGCCAUAGAUCUGCUCAGCCAAGCACAGUCGUGGCAGUUUACAGCUGUCACAUGAAGAGACAUGUACAAUAAACUAGAGAAGAAAAAGAAAAGGAAAAAAAAAUCAUGUGGGAGGGGUGGGGCUUCAAACAAACAAGUGUUUGUCAAAUGCUGUCAAGCACGAUUAGUUUAUAGUUGCUUUUUUGUGAAGUGUAAAGCAUUCCCAGGUUUUGUGUUUUUUUUGGUUUUGUUUUCUCCCCUUUACACCAAUAUGGUGGGGUUUUUUUUAAAUGUAACUGCAAGAGAUCAAAUUGAAAUAAACCAUCUUUCAGUCCUUUUUUACAUUGUGCAUUUUACUUUUAUGUGUUUUUUUUUGGUUUUGUUUUCUCCCCUUUACACCAAUAUGGUGGGUUUUUUUUAAAUGUAACUGCAAGAGAUCAAGUUGAAAUAAACCAUCUUUCAGUUCUUUUUUA